GGGCGCCGGUGUCCUGGGAAACUCUCGGGGCCGCGCCCGCUGCUCCCGUGGGCUGCUGCGGAUAGACGAGGGCAGGCGGCGGCCGCGCGAGCCGGAGUUUCCCGGUUAUCCGCAGGAGUCGGCGUCGGGCUUUGGGCUCCGUUGUCGCUGGCACCGGCGGGGAACAUCCUUCUCCGAGAACCCGCCCCGAGCCCAGGUUUUUUACAAGAGCAUUUCCAGCAUCCUACUUUAUUUCCUGUUUGUAUCUUACACCCCAGUGACUAGAUCAGGAUUCAGGCAGAAUGCUGACGAUUGAGGAUGCAAAUAUGUCAUGCAAAAAGGUGCCAUGGAGCAAGAGAACAGAAAUAAAUGCUGUCUGCUGUGUAUUCGUGACCAACAGCCUGGCAGUGCUGAUGUGGAAAAACAAAAUGAAGGAACUAGUGUCAAACAGUACAACCAGUAUUUCUCAAGCCAGGAAAGCUGUGGAGCAAUUAAAAAUGGAAGCAUACAUGGAUAGAAUAAAGGUAUCCAAGGCUGCAGCAGAUUUAUUGGCAUAUUGUGAUGCACACAUUGGAGAAGAUCCCCUUAUUAUUCCUGUACCUGCAUCUGAAAAUCCCUUUAGGGAGAAGAAACUCUUUUGUACUAUCCUUUGAGUCAGUUUUCAAUUAAAAAUGUCAUCUGCUAAAAUUUGGUAUCAGUGUUGCAUGCUUUUAGCAUUUUUUUCUUCAGAUGUCAACACUUACCCCAUAACUACAAUAUUUUUGGAAGGUAGUGCAAUUUCUGUUAAAAAAAGUCCCUAAUUUUUUUUUUUAAAAAAACCCUAAAAAAUUCAAGGUAAUGCUUAUCUUUCAGAGCAAUGUAAAAGUUUAAUUUCAGUUCUUCAUAAACAUUCUUUUGGUUGUAAUGAAAAUAUCAAGUACAGUAUCAAAUUGUAGAUGUCUUUGCCAGUCAUAGAUUUUUCUGGGACCUAAAUGAGUCAUACCAAUUCUUGAAGCUAUUUUUAACAAUCCUAUUUUCUUUGGAAGGUGAAUUCAAUUCAAUUGCCUUUACAAAUUUCUAUCUAAAGAGAGUAGUGUGACCUUUUCCUCAAGUAGCACUAUCUAGGGAAAAGUCCCAGUGAUUUACAGUGUUUAGAAUGAUCGGACUUAUCCAGUAAGUGGUGUCUAUAAAUAUGUUUUCUGAAGACUGUAAGAAACUUGACUACAAAAACAAUCCUAGUGAAGUGCCAUUGUAGCUAUGAACAGAAUGGAGAUGUAUAGUCACACACCAGGAUUACAUCAAUAAAACUGUAGAAAAAUGUG